UGAUUGUCACUGUGACUUGUUAUGUAUAAAUUACACCAAAGAAUAUUAUAAUUAAACUUUUUCAUGGUUUUAAUUAUAAAAGAAUUUUGAUAUACUAUAUAAACAUAUUUAGGUGAAUUGUGUAGUUUAAAAUAAAUAUUGCAUUAAUUUUCCUGAAAGUUGGAAAAAACUUGCGGCGGUGUAAUAUUGUUUACUAAUUGUGACAUUUCAACAACUAAUUUCUAUAAAAUAAAACUAUCGAGCCUAAAAUCUUCUAUAUUUAAGAGAUCGAAAUUUCGAUUGUUUUUUUAUGAAAUUAUACUGCAUUUUUAAUUAUUACAAGUCUGGCAAACUUCCAGAAAAUUUAUACCGAAUGCAGAAAAGUCUACACUCUUUUUGCUAUGGAAAGCAAAAGCUGCAACAAUUUUAUAAGUUAUGUAGGCUUCGAAGAACAUGAAAUGCAGGAUAUAAAUUCUGAUAGAGAGAAUUCUAUAAAUUUAAAUAGUAUCAAAUUGCUACGUGGAGAGGCCAUUGUUACAACAGCUCAAAAUGUUCUUAUGUUUGAACCAGUUAGCGAGUCAAAGCAAGGAAUGUCAGGCAUGUUAUCAGUUACAAAUUUCAAACUUGCCUUUGUUACAGCAGAUGAUAGUGCGGAUGAUCUGUAUCAGCAAAAUCAUUUAUACGGCUCUGUAGUCCCUUCCAAAGUGAAAGGAAUAUUUAUAGUUUGUAAAAAUAUUAGGACAUGGUCAUUCUCUUUUAAAUUUUCCCGAAAUAUUGAUGAUGGAAAGAAUAUUGUGAAUGCCCUACUUCAUCAUGCUUUUCCUUCAAAACAUCAUUUACUGUUUGCUUAUGAGUUUAAGGAGCCUUAUUUUAGUAGCAUGGAUAAAAGAGUGCAGUUAUUUCGCACUAUUAGUGAUUGGGAAGAUGAAUUGAAUCGUACUCACAGCAAAAGCUUACACUUGAAGAAAGGAUGGCGAAUAUCUACAGCAAAUACAGAAUUUCAAAUAUGUCCAAGUCUGUCUCAAUAUAUUGUUGUUCCUGCAUCAGUAACAGAUAGCCAACUAUACAAAGUUGCUCAGCACUUUCAAGGAAGUCGGCCACCAAUUUGGUCGUGGUCGAAUGAACAAGGUGCUGCUUUAGUUAAGAUGUCUGAAAUAUGCCCAAGUAUUAUGGAGAGAACUCAAGAAAAUAUUAUGUUAGAAAAUAUUCGUAAGAAUCACCCGCGAAAAAUACAACCAGUGAUAAUCGAGCUAAAUAAGGAUAUUAGUAUUAAGACUAUUGCUUCAAGUUUUUCAAAACUUGUGCGACUGUGUUCACCUGAAAGUGUUAGACAAUUUUUAAUGCAAGAAAAUAAUUUUUAUUCUCUUUUGGAGAGUACAAAGUGGCUAAAAAAUGUAUCAUAUUGUCUAAAGAAGUCUGUUGAAGCUAGUGAACAUUUAAAUGAGUGUACACCUGUAAUAUUGCAAGAGGGUGCAGGUAGAGAUGUUUGUUGUAUUAUUUCAAGUUUAGUUCAGUUGUUGUUAGAUCCACAUUUUCGAACAAUAACUGGUUUCCAAACUCUUUUGCAAAAGGAAUGGAUUGCCGCAGGACACCCGUUCAGUGAUCGUCUCGGUCACCUCAGAAGCGAUGGUUCCGAGAAGUCACCGUUAUUUUUACUGUACCUGGAUUGCGUUUGGCAGCUAUGCCAACAAUUUCCUGCGGAGUUUGAAUUUACCGAAACAUAUUUGACCACUUUGUGGGAUACUGCGCACGUUUCAAUAUUUGAAACGUUUAUUUUUAACUGUGAAAAAGAUCGUAUCAGAGCAACUGUUGAUCCGACGACUCAUUUAGUAUUGCAUAGCGCGUGGGACUGGAGAGAACAGUUUAGCGAGCAAGAUAUUCAAUUGUUCUAUAAUCCUCUUUACAAUGUUCCAAAUUUGUCGGAUAAUGCAACCAAGACCAAAUACCUGAAACCCAUGUGUGCAAUACCCUUUUUAGAAGUCUGGUCACAGUGCUUCUUUCGUUGGAUACCUCACCUAGUUAUACACAACGGCGGUCGUAAUCACAUUGAAAUGUACACAAGGUUACUACAGAAUGAUGUGGCCCAGCUGCAACUAGAUGUUGGAGACUUAUCCACGUCGCCUGUGGACAAAUUAUCCACGUGUCUGCUUCAAAUGAAUAUCAAUAGCUUUUAUCCCUUCAGCAAUAAGAAAUCUGGCAAUACUGUUAGCACGCCUAUUAUCAAUACGUCCUUCAUCAUGAGCGACAGUAUGAUUGACUCUCAGAGUCUUUUAACUGCGCCAGACUGAUUUGGAUGAUGACGGUGUUGAUUGAACUUUUGAGUAGCUUCACCGUUUUUUCAAUAUUCUCUGUUUGAUGACCUUUGCGUUUCUUCUCCAUUAUCGAGGUAUAUUUCAUCGUGGCUAGGUAAUACUUGGCUUAAAGUUUAAUUAUGAAAAUUUUAAAGAUAUUCAUUAUAUGUGUAAAGCAAACAACCACAAGUCGGAGGAUACAUAUUGUUUUAAUAUAUUGAAAUCAAUUAAUACUAGAACAAAAGUUUAUGAAAUUAUAUUUAUUAUCUCAUUUAUAAUUAAAGAUCAACAAAAAUUUUAUGCAAAAUUUCAAUCUGAUAUUUGCAUUAUUUCAUUGAAAGUGUCAAGAUAUAAAGUACGGAUUUACAAUUUUUUUACAUAAGUUUAUUAAUAAAUUAGUAUAUCGGAAUAAUAACGUUGAUUAAUUCUAGGGUGAUAAAUCAUACAUUGUUGAGCUUUUAAUUACUAACGCAAAAUUUUCGAUACUAAAUAAUUUCUAAUAGAUUAACAGGCUUUAAAAGAAAAGUAUUCUAUAGAUAUUUAUUGGCUAAAGUAGCAUUUAUCGAAAUAGACUAGAAAUGUACAUUUUAUAAAGUGCCUGAACAUUGGUUUCUCAUUAUUAAAUUAGCUCUGUAUUUAAUUAUAAAUUUCACAUAUUAGUCGAUUUUUUAAAAGCAAAAGUUAAAUUCGAAGGUUGAUUGAAAAUUUGGUUGUUACAAAAUUGAUUAUUUUUAUAAGCAAUAUGAUGUGAUCUCAUUACUUUUUCAAAAUGAAACUAUUUAUUGUAAACUUAUUUUGGAGGCAUUAAAUGUUUUAAUUUCAUCCGUAUUAAUUAAUUUUUUUGUUAUGUUAGUAAAAAGAGAAAUUAUUUUUUCGAAGAACAUUGAAUUUUUAAAAGUGUCUUCAAAAACUUGCAUUCUAGUGUAAAUGCUCAUUUGUAUUCGCCUGUGAACAAAGUAGUAGCGUCGUUAUUAUAAUAUAUUUAAAAGUGUGUAAUAGAAUCAUCGUUUCUGUAAAAGUAACACGAAUAGGCAAUACUUACUAAGAUAGUAAACUUGUAAUUUGUUAACUAUAUGAUUGUAAUUUAUUUUUAUUUAUUUCCAAUGAGCUUAUAGAUUAGUUGACAACUACGAAUGGCUACAUAAACCUACAAAUCCUAUUUUGUCAAUUAUUUUUUUAAGAACGAUCAAUAAACUUUCAA